UGCUGAAGCGAAAGAGCCAAAGCCUGCUUUUCUAUGAUCUUCCGCAUCUUUGGAAGAGACCGACUCUGAGUGAAGAGUCAAUGCAAUAUUUUCUUAGUUUUGAGAGUGUAUUGUGCAGUUAUGUUUACUUGUGCACUCAAAAAGUGUUUUUUUUUAAAACGCCAUGAGGACAAAAAAUAAUAUAAGGCAAAAAUUGCUUUUUCGGAGUUCAGCGGAGGAAUUUUUUUAAAAAUGAAAAAUUCUUAAAAUGAAGGGGAUGUUCCUUACGUUGAAGUUGUUAUGUUUUACUUGUAUUCUGGCUCUGGUGCGGCCAGUGCCUGAAAAAAUUCCUAUUGGUGCUAUUUUUACUCCACAUACUGAAGAACAGCAAUCAGCUUUCAAAUAUGCAAUUCAUCUUCAUAACAAUAAUGAUUCUCAAGCUCGCUUUAAAGUAGAACCAGUUAUAGAAGUUCUCGAUAGUCCAGAUGCUUUUAAAAUGGCAAGAUCAUUGUGUUUACAACUUCAUAGAGGUAUAUUCACUUUAUUGGCUCCCGCAACAGAUCCUACAUAUGAAACUAUAGCAGCUUAUACAAACACAUUUCAUAUGCCAUUUCUCAGUCCUUCAUUGCCUCAGACAAGUUCUAACAAGCCAUUACUUUAUGCAGUCAGCAUGAAACCACAGUACCUCAAAGCUAUAGUUGAUGUUAUUAAAUAUUACAGAUGGAAAUCAAUCAUAUAUCUCUAUGAUUCUGAUGAGGGACUUUUAAAACUUCAGCACAUUUUUGAGUUGACCACCGAUGAGUAUAACUUAGAUGUGAAGAUAGUGAAGCGUAUAUCAAAUGCCACGGAUGCCAAUGGAUUUUUGAGGGAAUUAGAAAAUUCCGAUCCAGAAAGCAGAAAAUACAUAGUCUUAGACUGUAGUUCUGAAAAUGGCCAGACAAUAAUUGUUAACCACGUCCAUGAUAUUUAUAUGGGGAGACGCAACUAUCAUUUCCUGCUCACUAGUUUAGUAAUGGAUGAGUACUGGAAGAAGGAGGUGCAAGAAUUCGGAGCUAUUAAUAUCACCGGCUUCCGGAUUAUCCAGGCCCAGAGUCCGGAGACAACGCAAUUUCUUAGCAUGUGGAAAACACUAAAUUCUUCUAGAUGGCCUGGAGCAGGCACUGAACAUAUCUCGGCAGCAGUGGCCUUAACUUAUGAUGGUACAAAAGUGAUUUUAGAUGCCUAUAGCAGACUUCUUAAGAAAAAACCAGAUAUCUUCAGAAAUAAUUUUCGUCGAGGAGAAGUUUAUAAUAAUGGUAGCAAAGGCAUAGAUUGUAGAAAAAUUCCUGUCACUCCAUGGGAACACGGGGAUAAAAUUAGUCAUUACUUUAGAAAGACAGACAUUCGUGGAAUAACUGGAAAUAUCAGCUUCAAUGAUAGAGGUUAUAGAAAAAAUUUCUCAGUUGAUGUCAUUGAAAUGACCAUGAAUACAGACAUGACGAAGAUUGCUUCAUGGUCAGACGUAGGGGGAAUGGAAUUGUUUGCACCUAAAUACAAGCGAACCGGAGCUUCAUCAGGAUUAGAAAAAAACAAAACAUUCAUUGUUACUAGCAUACUAGAAGAGCCUUACUUGAUGUACAAAAGAGCAGAUCCUGGAGACAUCUUAGAAGGAAAUGAUGUUUUUGAAGGUUACUGCAAGGACUUAGCAGACCUUAUAGCUGAAUAUUUAAAUAUUAAUUAUAGCCUAAGGUUAGUCAAUGAUUCAGCUUAUGGAGGUCAGGACCCCAAUUCUCCUGUAGGAUGGAAUGGGAUGGUUGGAGAAUUAAUAAGAAAGGUAAGUUUUGAUCCAAAUUUUGAAUAUAUUGCGGACAAAAGUUUUUAGGAAUUAAAGAUAAUAUGAACUAAAGUUAUUUCGAAAAAACGAUAUUACAGACAAAAGAAAUUUCGGACUAAAGAUA